UUGUCUAGUCUAAUGUUGGUGAUCACUGCUUGCAUGCAUUGGGACAUUCUUGAUAAAGAGUAAUGGCAUCAGAAGAUGGGUGCGGUGCCAUGACAUUGAAUGUGCUACUGCUGCUCUUGUUUGGGUCCUUCCAGAGAGGGAUUUCGCAGUUGCCUGAGUGGAAUGAAGAGCUGGAAGUUAGUGGUGAAACAGAAUGGAAUCCCCAACCGGAGUCUGAUGACAACACAUACUGGUCUGGGUCAGCACCUAUUUGUGUUGGAGGCUGUAAGGCUCGCCACCAGGAGUUGAGGAGAGAUCGCUGUGGAAACUCUAGCUGCUGCUGGCUCGGCUACAAGUCCUUGUGCAGAGUGAACUGUGGGAAGCCUGAUGUGGACUAUAAUGGAGUAGUGUACGGUAAUGACUGGUGGGUGGGCUCUGUGGUGAGGUACACCUGUCGCUCUGGCUUCAUGCUAGUUGGAAGCCCCAUUAGAUCAUGCCAAUCUAAUGGCCUCUGGACUCCUAAACCCACCUGCCUCCGGAUGUGUCAGAGGGGACGCAUUGAAAUCAGUGAGAGGGAACUGAGUGGGACCUGCAGCUCCACUUGCACAUAUAAGAGUUACUUCGGCCCACCCAAACAAGGCUGCAGUCGGAUAGACAACUGUAAGAAGAAGGAGACGGGCUGGAAGCGGUUCUUUGCACAGUGUGCACCAUGCAUUUGUGACUGUGCUUUAUCAUGUGCAUCUGCAGGUUGAAAUACACAAGAAAAUAUGGCAACACCACAGAGAGACUUCUGACAAAAAUGAGACACAGACUGUUUCUCCCACUUUUUCCACCUGGAUAAAUUGGUGAAUAAAAACCAGAAUUUUUUAAGACAUAAACUUAAUCUCUCCAGCACACUCAAGCCAACAUUUCUCCUCUGAUUUCUACUGUAUUUAUUGUGUAUAUAUAGUAUGUACUAUGAUAGAUGUCAGUGCCAAAGGGUCAAAUAUAUGUUGUUCAAUGAUGCCUGUAAAAUUCAGUGCGUACAUGUGAUCUAUGGUGAUGAGGGUCGUAAAAAAAGAAGAAUGAGGUGAGUAAAUCUCUUAAAAGUCUACGAACAAUGUAUGUCUGGAAACACUUUUAUACGUGUCUUAAGGAAGAAAAGGUGAUGAAGAAAAUGAAAUAGAAAAGUGAAACCAGAGAGAUUAGUAUGUCAACUGUACUGCUCCUCCUCUCAGUCCAUCUGUCCAGGAAGGAGCUGAAACCUUAAUCUUGUUACAAAGAGUGAAUCUAUGUUCAGAGGUCAGAGUGUUGUAGACUUAAUAAAUAGUAUGAAUAGGUGAUGUAGUAUGUUUACUGUUUUAUUAGUUGUGAAAAAAUAGCCCAAAUGUUUGGGUUGUUAUUUUUUUCUCUUUUUUUUGUAAAAAAAAAAUCUUUAUUUUCAUUUUGUGUGUAUAUUGUAGACUGAUUGUAUAAACUGUAAUUGAUGUUUAUGCAUUUGAAAUUAAUUAAAUGAACAAAUAUACAACCGGUCGUCUGAUGCGAACAG